CUCCUGGCCACCCUCUUCUCGACCCCUUUUUCGUCAUGCCCGUCAACAUCAAGAUCGUGAAGAAGCGCACCCACGGCUUCAAGCGCCACCAGGCCGACCGCUACAAGGGUCUCGCCAAGAAGGACUCGUGGCGCAAGCCCAAGGGUAUCGACUCGCGUGUCCGUCGCCGCUUCAAGGGCCAGCUCCCCAUGCCCAAGAUCGGUUACGGCUCGAACGCCAAGACCCGCCACGUCCUCCCUAACGGCUACAAGGAGUUUGUCGUCCACAACGAGCAGGACGUCCAGACCCUCUUGAUGGCCAACAACAACUUCUCGGCCACGAUCGCCCACGGCGUCUCGGCCCGCAAGCGCGUCGCCAUUGUCGAGAAGGCAAAGGUCCUCGGCGUCAAGGUCAACAACUCGAACGCCCGCGUCCGUGUCGAGGAGGCGUAAAGGGGCUGCCGCUGUCCUUUUGUCGCGCGCUGGAACGAGACGAUGCUGUAAUCGGGACCACCCACGAGGGUUCGUCGAG